ACAGUUGAUUAGAAGAAACAAAUAUAUAAAUAAAAAUAACGUUGAUCUAUAAAACUACACAAAAUAACAAUAACAAUGAAAAAAGUUAAUUUAGUAAAUUAAUUAGUUACUUUCUUCUAAUCAACUGUGUUUACAUGUUCCGACCCCAACAUAUUACAAUAACAUUGUGUCUAUUGCCAGAUUGCUUUUAACUAUUGUUAGUACAAAAUUGGAAUAGAGCGAAACAGCGGACUGUGGAAAAAUACCUUUGACUGACCACGGACGAAAGACCACGUGUGAUUUGCAAUUGUCAUUCGAGCAAGUGUAUUUGAAUUGGGCACUAUUAUUAAUUAUGAAGACAUAUUCUGGAUUUGUUGAAGAAAAUGAAGAUACCGACGAUUAUGAUAAUAACCAAUUAACCGAUGAUAUAAAUAUAUACGAGCUUAGUGACGAUACGUCAACCUCUGAUUCUGAAGAUGAACUCUGUAAUGCUCGUCAAAGAGAAACAAAUGGUGCAAGACAAUCUACAUUUAAUAGACCAAAUGGUAACAAUGAGGAAGACUCAGAUAAAGAAGAUGAGGAAGAUGAAGAUGAAGAUGAAGUAGUAAAAGCUAUUUUAAAAUCAAAAGAACUUCACAAAAAUCAUCCUCCAAACAUCAUACUGGAUGAUAUUAUGGCAGAUAUCUGUUUUCAUCCAAAAGAAAAUUUGAUUGCCUUAGCUAGUAUUACUGGAGAUGUUUUAUUGUAUAAGUAUGGUAAUGAAAAAAAUGAACUAAAAUCAACAAUAGAACUGCAUGAAAGAGCUUGCAGAGACAUUGAAUUUAGUGAAGAUGGUAAUGUUUUGUUUUCAACUGGUAAAGACAAAACAAUUAUGUUGAGUGAUGUUGCAACAGAAAAAUUAAUUCGACUUUAUGAUGAAGCACAUUUAGAUCCAAUCUAUUCUCUAACUGUAAUAGAUGAAAACUUAUUUUCAACUGGUGAUGAUGAAGGAACAGUGAGAUUGUGGGAUCGUAGAAAACAAGGGUCUACACCAGUAUUUUCUUUAAACGAAAUGGAUGAUUUCGUUAGUGCCAUGAUAACAAAUGAUGACAAAAAAUAUUUAGCAUGUGCCAGUGGAGAUGGUACUUUGACAACCUUGGGUAUAGGGAGUAGAAAAUUACAUUGUCGAACAGAAGAUUAUCCACAAGAAUUAACGUGUCUUGGAUUAUUUAAACAUGGAACAAAGAUUUUGGCUGGUGGAAGUAAAGGAAACUUAUUCCUCUUCAAUUAUGGUGAAUUUGGGCUUCAUUCUGAUGAAAUACCAAGCUUAACAAAGAAAUCCAUAAACUGCAUGAUACCAAUAACAGAAACUAUCGUAGUUACUGGUGGUGAAGAUAAAAUAUUGCGGGCUACCAGUCUAUUUCCUAAUAGACAGUUAGGAAUUGUUGGCCAGCACGAUUUAUCUGUGGAAUGUUUAGAUAUUUGCAAUGAUGGGACUAUCAUUGCAUCGUAUUCUUACGAUAAUAGUGUUAAGUUUUGGAAUAUUAGUUAUUUUGAAACCUUAAAUGUAUCAGAACCUAUAAAGGGUGGAAAACAAAAACAAAUUAAGCAUAAUUUACCUAGCAGUAAAUUAGAUAAUGUAUCAGACUUUUUUGCUGAUCUGUAAAAAAUAAUGAUUAUAAAUUAUUAAGUAUAUAAUGCUAGAAGUAAAUCAUUUUAAUAAAAAGACCAAAAAAUAAAACUUAAAUUAAAAAUAAAAUCCUUUUUAGGUAAUAUGAUUAAAG